GGUUUGGGCCCAACCAAAAGCUGAAGAAUUCGAAUUCCACGAGAGAGGGAAAAUCUCCCGUUGCGAUUUCAAUUUCAAAUUAUAUCAUCCCUCUCAUCUCCCAUCCACUCUCAUUCAGCAAUCCGCCAUGGAAGACAAGUACGAGAAACUGGAGAAGGUAGGAGAAGGUACCUAUGGAAAAGUCUACAAAGCCAAAGACAUGCAGUCCGGACAACUCGUCGCUCUCAAGAAAACCCGUUUGGAGAUGGACGAGGAAGGCAUUCCACCCACCGCCCUCCGCGAGAUCUCCCUCCUCCAGAUGCUCUCCAACUCCAUCUACAUCGUCCGCCUAAUCGGAGUUCAACACGUCCACCAUAAAGGCAAACCCCUUCUCUAUCUUGUCUUCGAGUAUCUAGACACAGAUCUCAAGAAGUUCAUCGACUCCCAUCGAAAGGGGCCUAGUCCUUCCCCUCUCCCUUCUUCUCAGAUCCAGAGCUUUCUUUUUCAAUUGUGCAAAGGUGUUGCCCACUGCCAUGGUCACGGUGUUCUUCACAGAGAUCUGAAGCCACAAAACCUGCUGGUUGACAAAGAAAAGGGGAUUCUGAAGAUUGCAGAUCUCGGUCUUGGAAGGACUUUUACUGUUCCUCUCAAGAGUUAUACUCAUGAGAUUGUUACACUUUGGUACAGAGCCCCAGAGGUUUUGUUGGGAUCAACUCAUUACUCCACUGGUGUUGACAUGUGGUCUGUUGGCUGUAUCUUCGCUGAAAUGGCAAGAAGGCAAGCUUUGUUUCCUGGUGAUUCUGAGUUCCAGCAACUGCUUCAUAUAUUCAGGUUGCUUGGAACACCAACAGAGGAGCAGUGGCCAGGUGUCACAUCUCUAAAGGACUGGCAUGUGUAUCCGAGGUGGGAGCCCCAGAAUUUGGCACGUGUUGUUCCAUCAUUGGAACCUGAUGGGAUCGACCUUCUAUCGAAAAUGCUGAAAUACGACCCUGCUGACAGAAUCUCAGCCAAAGCUGCUAUGGAUCAUCCUUAUUUUGAUAGCCUUGAUAAAUCUCAGUUCUGAACCACAUCAUCUAUCUGAUUGAGUUUCUAGUUUGAAGUUUCAAGUGAAGAAUGUUAUCAUCACCUUGGUGAUUAUACAGUUUGAUAUACAUUUUACAAUAUGUGUGUUUUGCUUAGUCUUAAGCUGUGUAGAAAGUGUGUUUCGAGUUCUAUGUUAGUGAAUUUACCUUUCUUUUUUCACUGAAAA